AGUGUGAUAUUGACCUAUUUACAAUAACUGGGGGUAAUCUACCGUCACGGUAUGCCGAACCGUUUUCAAUUGAUAAAAAAAAAGUUGUUGAAUACACGGAUAUUUAAGUAUUAUAUACUACCUAUAUUCAGAUUAUAAGGAUUUUAGAUAUUUAAGGUUUCACCAUUUCAUCAUUUGAGUAAAAACCAGAAAUGGGUGCAGGAGAAGGAAACCUUGCAGUCAGCUCGCGUACAUUCUAUGGAUCAAAAUUUCUGUUUUACCUUCUUGUUGCAAUUCAUGUGAUAUGGUUUGGACUUGGGGUGGCGAAAAUUGUUAUUGGUGCAAUGUACAUCAACGACUGUGACCGGGAACCGAUGAUUCCAAUCUGGCUAAUUGUGGACGCCAUCAUACCUCUCGCCUUCGUCAUCGGCUUUGUACCUCAUUAUAAAGAAGAUAGCAGUAUGAAGAAGUUGGGACUUGUGUGCCUGGUGAUAGCGAUUAUUUUGUCUAUUGGAUGGUCAGUUUGUGGUGCCGUCGCCUUCAUCUAUCCAAACUGGAAUAAGGAAGAAGGGAACUGUGACACAGUGGUUGCGAAAUUUUCCUUCGCUGCAAUUACCAUUAAUUGGUGCAUAAUUUGGAUGUGGAGCAAUCUAGCUGGUCGGAUGCUGUACUUUGGAUGUCGCUAGAAGGAACAGAAAAAGGCAUAUCAAAUGGCAAGAUAUUCUGGAGGACAAGUGAACUAUACGCUGUCUUAUAAUAUAUAUAUAACCUUGUUCACCGUGGAAGGCAUUCGAAAAAAAAAUCUCAAGAUCUUAAAAAAGUGAUCAUUUUAUACGAACAAUAAAUGAUUUAGUUAUAUCAAAACGUACUUCGGCCAUAUGAGAAUGAGAAUAUAUAACUUUAUUUUACCUAUAUAGUUUUUUAGAUAAUUAUUAUAUGUAAAUUAUGUAUUGUAGAGGGUUCAUUUGUUUUAGGGAUUGGCGUAAAAGUUACUCUUGACACAAAAAUAGCAUAUACAUUGUAUAUACAACAAAAAUAAAACUGUUGCACUUCGCUAUGAAAUAUGCAACCUUUUACGGAAACAGUGCCUUAAAGUUGGGGGCAUCUUAAUAAUUAUCCAUAACAUGGAUUUUGACCAAUAUUUUAGAGCAUUGGGUGUACAGAAUUAGUGUGCUGAAAAGAUCAUUUUUACUUACUGAAUAGUAGAAGACAUGUGUGAAAUAGGGGUUAUUUUAGUCCAGAUACGCGGGUCCAGAUAUUGUGUUACUAUGGUAGUUGUGGGUGAUUUUAACCCAACACAAACAACUCAGGGCGUCAAACCGUGUUGACAAUCUUUCCGUGAUAUGAUAGCUAUUGUUCAUUGUAAAUUUUGCUUAAUUUAGAAAUGUGCCAUUAAGUCAGUAAACAUUUUGUAAAAGCCUACGCACGCUAUAAAAUUUUUAACCAUGUUCUCUAUGUCGUGUAUUCCAUCCUGUUACACAGAAUUAGUAUUUUGUUGUUUAAUUUAAAUUUAGCAAUUUUUGCUGACAUAAAAAAAUCCUGUAUCAAAACAUACAAUUAUAAACAGUGUAGUUAGUAAAUUAAUGGAAAAUUGUGUAACAGAAUGGAAUCUUGCUACAUAGUACAUUAUAAAAUGUUUAAUGCUUAUACAGUUGUUGUGUAAUUGUUUUAUAACCUGAGGAAAGUAAACUUGAUAUAAUGUCCUGUUUAGGUUCAUUAUCUACCUCCUAUAUAUUAUUGACUUGAUGAAAUUCAACAUACGUGUCCUGUUUAGGUUCAUUAUCUACCUCUUAUAUUAUUGACUUGAUGAAAUUCAACAUAUGUGUACGGUUUAUGUUCAUUAUCUACCUCUUAUAUUAUUGACUUGGUGAAAUUCAACAUAUGUGUACGGUUUAUGUUCAUUAUCUACCUCUUAUAUUAUUGACUUGGUGAAAUUCAACAUAUGUGUACGGUUUAUGUUCAUUAUCUACCUCUUAUAUUAUUGACUUGGUGAAAUUCAACAUAUGUGUACGGUAUAUAUUCAUUAUCUACCUCUUAUAUUAUUGACUUGGUGAAAUUCAACAUAUUGUCCUGUUUAUGUUCAUUAUCUACCUCUUAUAUUAUUGACUUGAGAAAAUUCAACAUUUGUCCUGUUUGGGUUUAUUUUCUACCUCUUCUGUGUUCAACUCAAUAAAUGUACAAAACAACAGUUUUGUAUAAAACCGAU